GGUGCGAGUCUCUGGAGAGAACAAGGGGCUCAUUCAGAGGGAGGGAGCCAGCGGGGAGCCUGUGGCCUCUUCUCCGCGGGACCCCGGCCCUUGCAGGGACCUCCAGCCAUGCUGCCCCCGCCCGCGCUGUACCUGUUCCUCCUGCCGGGGCUGACGCUCGCCUUCAACCUGGACGUCGGCAACGUGGUCCUGUGGAGCGGCGAGCCCGGCAGCCUCUUCGGCUUCUCCCUGGCCAUGCACCGGCAGCUGGAGCCGCAGGAGAGGAGGCUGUUGCUGGUUGGAGCACCUCGACAGAAAGCUUUCCCGACACAGCUAGCCAACAGAACUGGAGGAUUGUACAGUUGUGAUAUUUUAACUCCAGAUGUUCCGUGUACACGUAUCAAAUUUGAUGAGGAAGCUGAUCUGAGCAAAGAAAGCAAGGAAGACCAAUGGAUGGGUGUAACUGUCCAAAGUCAAGGGCCUGGGGGAAAAAUAGUGACCUGUGCACAUCGCUAUGAGAAAAGGCAGUAUGUAAACACUGUCCAGGAGACACGAGAUAUCAUUGGCAAGUGCUAUGUGCUAAGUCAAGAUCUCACAAUCAGCGAUGAUAUGGAUGGUGGGGAGUGGAGUUUUUGUGAUGGCCGCUUGAGAGGACAUGAGAAAUUCGGUUCAUGCCAGCAAGGUGUUGCUGCCACUUUUACCAGAGAUUACCAUUAUGUUGUAUUUGGGGCACCAGGUACCUAUAAUUGGAAAGGAGUGGUUCGUGCAGAGCAAAGGAAUCAGACAUAUUAUGAUUAUGGUAUCUUUGAUGAUGGGCCUUAUGAAGUUGGCGAUGAGAGCCGGCGAGAUGAGAGCCUAGUUCCUGUGCCAGCUAACAGUUACUUAGGUCUUCUUUUUAUGACAAGUAUCUCUUAUGCUAACCCUGAUCAAUUUGUGUACAAAACUCUGCCUCCCAACAUCAAAGUAGACAAGUCCACUGAUGUGAUGACGAAUAGCUACCUAGGUUUUUCUCUGGAUUCUGGAAAAGGUAUCGUUUCUCAGGAAAAUCUCACAUUUGUUUCGGGAGCCCCCAGAGCAAACCAUAGUGGGGCCGUUGUUCUCUUGAAAAAAGACAGUGAUCUGCAACGGGCAUUGUCCCUUGUGCAUGUGCUGGAGGGCGAGGGGCUGGCUUCUUCCUUUGGCUAUGACGUGGCCGUUGUGGACCUCAACAGUGAUGGUUGGCAAGAUAUUGUUGUUGGAGCCCCACAAUAUUUUGACAGAGAUGGUGAAAUUGGUGGCGCCGUCUAUGUUUACAUUAAUCAGCGAGGAAAGUGGGAAGGAAUAAAGCCAGUUCGCCUCAAUGGAUCUGCAAACUCUAUGUUUGGGAUUGCAGUCGAAAACAUUGGUGAUGUUAACCAAGAUGGCUUCCCAGAUAUUGCUGUGGGUGCUCCAUAUGAUGGUGAUUUUGGCAAGGUGUAUAUAUUUCACGGCUCCAGGAAUGGAAUAAAUACAAAACCAGCACAGAUCCUUGAUGGCGAAGCAAACAGAAUUGCAUUCUUUGGUUAUUCUAUCACAGGAAAUAUGGAUCUAGAUAAAAACUCCUACCCUGACAUUGCUGUUGGAUCUCUUUCAGAUUCUGUAUCUCUCUAUAGAUCGAGGCCCGUAAUAAAUGUUAAGAAAACCAUUGAGAUAUCUCCAAACAAAAUUGAUCUGAACACAAAGAACUGCCGUGAGCCUAGCGGGAUUUGUAUGAAUGUGAAAGCCUGUUUUGAAUAUACAGCAAGUCCCAAGGACUUCAACCCCAAAAUAGUUCUAAAUUAUGCGUUUGAAGCAGAAAAUGAGAGGAGGCAGUCAGGUUGGCCAUCCAGGGUGCAUUUUUCCAGGCGUCAAUCUGAUCGGUUUAGUGGAAUCGUAACACUUGCAGGGCAAAAGAAGGAAGAAUGUGUGACUACGACACUUGUAUUACAGGAUAAGAUCAAAGAUAAACUGCGUCCAAUUCCUGUAACUGUUGGAGUGACAAUUAAUGGCUCUGAGUCCAGCUCACUGCCCAGGAGGAGACAAGGAAGGUCACUUCCAGAACUGGUUCCAAUUCUCAAUUCUAAUGAGCCAAGUACCAUUAAAUCAGAAGUGCAGUUCCUGAAAGAAGGUUGUGGAUCAGACCAUACCUGCAACAGCAAUCUAAAGCUUCAUUACAGAUUCUGCACCAAAGAAGGCAGUGAAGACAAAUUUUCCUACUUCCCAAUGGAAAACAAUGUUCCAAUGCUUGUCCUCAAAGACCAGAAAGACAUUGCCCUCGAAAUCACAGUCACAAACAGUCCGUCUGAUCCAAAAGAUCCCCAGAAGGAUGGUGAAGAUGCGCAUGAAGCCAGAUUCAUUGCCAACUUUCCAGAUAGUUUGACAUACUCUGCUUUCAGGGAGCACAAAGGCUUUCCAGAGAAACAAUUAAUCUGUGUUGCUAACCCAAAUGGUUCUCAAGUGGAGUGUGAACUUGGAAAUCCUUUUAAGAGAAAUUCUAAUGUAACAUUUUAUGUGAUUUUAAGUACAACUAAAGUUAAUGUUGAUACAAGGGAUUUGGACAUUAAUCUGAAACUGGACACAACAAGCAAUCAAACUAAUUUGGAUACAAUUACUGCAAGAGCUAAAGUAGUUAUUGAGCUGCUUUUGUCACUCACAGGAGUUGCUAAGCCUUCCCAGGUGUAUUUUGGGGGCAACGUGAUUGGUGAAAGUGCGAUGAAAACUGAAGAUGACAUUGGUAGUUUAAUUGAGUAUGAAUUCAGAAUAACGAACUUGGGCAAGCCCCUGAAGACAUUUGGUGCAGCCGCCUUGGAUAUACUGUGGCCGAAAGAACUGAAGGGAGGGAAGUGGCUGCUGUAUUUGGUAUCAAUACACUCCAAAGAAUUAGGAGAACUCCAGUGUGAACCUCCACAUGAAAUAAACCCUUUGGGAAUUGAGACCUCUCGACAUUCAAGGACAAAACGUGAAGUUGCAGAGAAGCAGACAGAAGGUGGUAAAGGUUUUUCUUUGUUUUCAGAAAGAAAAUACAAGACUUUGGAAUGCAAUGCGGAGGCAAAUUGUGUCACCAUAAGGUGUCCCUUGCAAGGUUUGGAUAGCAAAGCUUCCAUAAUGCUGCGUGCAAGAUUGUGGAAUAGCACUUUUCUUGAGGAGUACUCCAAAAUGAACUAUUUAGACAUUCUUCUUGAAGCUUCAAUCUUCAUUGCUGAUGCAGAUAAUAUUAAACUGGAAAAUCAAGCUACUCCUGUACGGGUUACUGUCUUUCCUGCAAAGACGGUAGCACUGUAUAAGGGGGUUCCUUGGUGGAUUGUCUUAGUAGCCAUUCUUGCUGGAUUAUUGAUGCUCGCUUUGCUGGUCUUUUUGCUAUGGAAGUGCGGAUUCUUCCAGCGUUCCAGGUACGAUGACAGCAUCCCCCGCUACCAUGCUGUAAGAAUUCGAAAAGAGGAAAGGCAGAUCAAAGAUGGAAAAACGAAAGUGAAAAAACAAUGGAUCACAAAGUGGAGUGAAAAUGAAAGCUAUUCCUAGGAAAACUCCACACUCCUGAACCAAAAAACUCAAAUGGCCUUUAAAGUGUCAUUGAUUCAAACAGUGGAUUGAUUGAGGAAGAUUAGUGUACAGAAUUGGCUGCCCUUUUUUGUAGAUAUUUUAACGUUUAUUUCAAAGCUUUUUAAUUUUGUUUUACAGAUCUAAAUGUUAAGCCUGACUAAAUAGAUCUACAUGUCUUAUUUUACAUCCCCACUUUUUAAAAAAGCAGGUUUAUGUCCAGAAAAUGAAAGAGGUAUGUGCAGAAGGAGUAAAACUGAAAGGCUUAACAUUUCUUUUUGUGGAAUAAACCAGGACAGGGCCUCCUAAGUAGUGGAUCUGUUUUCUCCGAGCUCAUUUUUUGUGUCCAGAAUCCUGGAUUCUUAUUAUCUGCUUGUUGAGAUCCCCUUUACUUCUCCAUUAUUUGCAAAUCAUACACAGUGUCAGCCAGCGGACUUCAGAGAAGGAAAAACAGCCCAUCCAUAUAUACUCCGUUCCAGCAGAGUGAAACUGAGUAUAUGUCCUGCAAUCAAAAGAGAAGUGAAACUCAAGUCCUUACAUGGCUCAGCGGAGCCCCCCUGCCAGAGAAUGAACUGUGUUAUAUGUCUGGUCUUUCUGAAUCUCCUAUUACAUUUUCACUUAACCUGUCUGAAGUUCCUGAAUCCAGUGCUGAGCCCCACUCUCACCUAUAUACAAGAUUAUGAGAAAUAUAGGAGUGUUCCUAUAUUUCAAUUUGUUGAUUAUUAUUAUGUGAAUGUGGCAGGAGAAACCAGUUUAAGUUGUGUUUUUGUUCUUAUGGUUGGUAGUAAUAUCUUACUAUGAGCUGCCUCAGGUUUGUCUGAAAAAUUAUAUUGGGACUCUUGUUUGACAGAACUUUAUUAGCUCUUUCCAUUCCCAGUUAUAUUGCCUUAGAGCAGGCAUGGGCAAACUUUGGCACUCCAGGUGUUUUGGACUUCAGCUCCCACAAUUCCUAACAGCCUGUUAGAAAUUGUGGGAGUUGAAGUCCAAAAUACCUAGAGGGCCAAAGUUUGCCCAUGCCUGCUUUAGAGACUUGAUUUGCAUUUCUUCUCAUUCGAAGAGGUGUUAUUGUCAAUUAAUGCCUAAAAUGGAAAACGAAUUUCCAAAUUGGUCAGAUUGUCUUCUUGACUAACAUCCCAAUUCCAAGACUGGAAAAUAUUGCUAGAAAACACUCAGGAAAGCUACUUUUUUGAACUGGAGCUCCCAGUAGCCUAUAGCAAUGCUAGCUAGUAUAUACUGAGAAUUAUAAUCUUUGAAAAGUAGCUUUUCCAAAGUCUGAUUCUCAGGCAUAUGGAAGAUGGUUGUGGUUAUUCAGAGAGAGAGGUCUUCUGUACCCAACCAGAUUUUAUUAUUUCACAUUAUUCAUAUAAAGCCUUGUCACUGGAAACAAGUUUGGUGGAUCCUGGCUGAAACUCAGUUUUGGGGUCUUUCAAUUUUAAAGGAACAAAUGGUAGUUUGGAUUUUGAAAGGCUUAAGAGAAGGUCUUUUGUGAGACACAUUCCCACCCAGGGGAAAAAAAGGGAAACCUUAUAUUUGACCAGAAAUUAAGAAUUCCCUUUACAUUUGUACAGCUUUGAUGUUUUUGGUGGUGAUUUUUUUCUUUAACAGGUGUGUAUGAGCAGGGCCGUAGCCAGAAAAAAAUUUCGGGAGGGGUUUUGAAAAUUUCGGGGGGGGGGGGGGGUUGAACCCCUGACCCACCCGCCCCCCAGGUUCAGACCUGUCAAUAUCUGCUUGAGAUAGUGCCUGGACGGACUCUUAAUGUUUUACAUCUCAUUGACUUAGCAUGGGGAUUUGGUUAACCAGUUAAAAUUCAUGAGUAAACCAGUUUUUUUUUUAUCUGAAAAAUUUUGCUACAGGCCUGUGUAUGAGUUCCUCUUAAAAGUAUAUGGGAUGGAUCUCAACUAUGGGUCUUUAAAUUAAGACCUGAUUUACUAGUAGCAUUAAUCUCCAUAGGAACAAAGUCAGCCUCCGAUCCAACCCCAUAUGGACAACGGAAAAUGCAAAUUUGUGUGGCUUAGUUUCUAAAAUGAAAAGUGCUGAAGUUCAACUUUGUCUGGACAUCAUACUCAUAUGGAAGCCAUUUUUUAAAUCUAUGGAUAUACACAGACUAGCUGAUGUUUUAUAAGUAGAGUUGCCAUGGCAGUCUACAUGUAUUCAAAGCACUCUUUCCUUUUAGAGUGGGAAAGCAAGGGAGUUAAACCAUUACAGCUCCACCACCCAUAAAACUACAUUACAACUUGUACCCUCGAUUUGCUUCUGGCACGAUAAAUAAAUAUCCCAUAAUAUUAUUGCCAUUGUAUACAGUGGUGCUGACUUAAUGUUUUUUAGGUGAAUAUGAGAUCUCUAAAUUUGCUCAUUCCUUCUCUUAAAACUUGUAUGUAGCCAUGGUUGUUAGUGUGAUCUUAAAUGUGCAAUAGGACAUGUUUCAAUAAUGUUUUUAAAAUCAUUUUGUAUGAAAGUGUUGCUCACACCAAAUAUACACAGGUCUGUUUUUUAAAGCUUGAAUACUGGUUGUACUUUUUGUAUAUACUGUAAGUCAUUUUUAUAUAUUUAUUUUUACUAUAAAUCUUUGUCUUCAACUAACAGUUAAGCCAAAGAUUUUUAAAUAAAUUUCAAAACUAGUGAGCAAUAGCAUUUAAAUGAGUACAGAAUUAUUAACAAUGCAAUCAUGUGGAUGCCUACCCAGAAAUGAGUUCCAUUGAAUGCAUUGAGACUUAAUCCCAGGUAUGUAUCUAUAGGAUUGUCACCUAAAAAUGAACACUUUCUGCCAAAUGUGCCAACAAUUAAAGCUUUGAAUUUCAAUGACUAAACAUUCUAAGAAAGCUGUUCUUUACAUAUUUCUGAUUAUGUAGUAAAUAAAUGUUUUUAUCUUCUAAAUAACUGUGCACUAAUGCAUACUUACAGAUGUUUUAAUCUAUAGAUUUUUUUAUAUGACUAACUUAAUGGAAAACAAGGCAACGUACUCAUUGAGGCUGGGGAAUGGAAAAGGUUUUCUAAAACUGGCCUUGGACAAGAUUUAACUACUGCAGAUGUUAUAGCACUUGAAAGAAAAAAAUAAGCUCCAAAAUGUAACUAUGGAUCAGUACUGAUCCAAUGUAAGACUACUGAAUAAAUGUCAUGAAUACCUAAAUUUCAAUUAAAAGUAUAGUUCCAUACACUUGUGCUGUUUAAUACUUGAUUGUAACAAAGUAUUUGCAGUAUUUUCAAGCUACAUAUUUAAAAAUACUGGUACUGUUAAAAAAAGAAUUAUAAGUGUGAUGUAACAUUUACUGCAUAUGAAAUACAGAUAAACCUUACAGUAUGUGGAUGAUAUUUGAGAAGGGAUGAAAACUAUGCAAACCUUUAAAUAUUUCCCUUCAGAAACCACAAUGCUUGUACUCUGUGAUAACACUACAAAAUGGCAUUAGUUGAGAUAACUGAUUUCUAAGGUUCAGUUUCUGGUUACUAAUUUCAGUUUUCUGCAUUCUACUUUUUGUUUGACCUCACUCUUUAUACUAAAUCUUGAUUGUUUUUAAAGCUGCUUGUUAAAUGUGUAAAUUCUCUGUUGGAUAUUGUUCUAAUGACCGACAUCAUUGUACACCAAACACUACUGCUUUCUCCAUCCACCUCCUCUGAUUCGUUUAAAUCGAGAUUUUACAAAAUCACCAUGUCAGUUCUACGCAAUGGUGGGUAGAACCUUAUCAUUUAAAAUCCCAUCUCUGUACUUUGACUUAAUCACUUGAAAUGUUAGAACUUUGAAAGUAGAACUUUGAAACACUGCUGCAUCUCAAAAGAAACAAAGCAAAACACUCACAGUUAUGACUCUGGUGUCUUGUCAAAACAAAUAUAUAGGCAGUGUUAAAUUAGGAUCGGGAAAGAUGUCAUCUUCAGUCACGUCACUGAUACAUAUAUUCAUUUUAUACAUUGACUGUUACUAACAUCUGUUAAAUCAUGGCUAAAAAUGACCUGUGGAUAUUUCUAUAAAAGCGUGAAAAUAAAUUUUGUAUGAAAAGCUC